UAAUUUUCCCCUUUGGAAAUGAGUUUUGUAGAAGUACAUUCUUAAAGGUAUGUUUUAUAGAUGUCUUAGAAUUCAGCUGUGACUUUUAUGCAUUUCAGCAACGAGUGGACUCAACACUGCCUUGCAGUGCAGGACAGCUGGGUCAUCCCAACGCUCAUUUCCAGCCUGGAAAACCUCGAGUAUCUUUUUGAAUUCACCCUCGCAAUGCUCCAGGCACUGUGGAGCCCCAGAGCUUCCCAACCUGCACAGCAGAUACAGGCCGAGCUUUGCUCCAUCCCACCUUCCCAGUUCACUCCAGGAUGGGAUGCUCCGAGCCCCAGGGUGUUUGCACCCUCAGGCCCAGGGUGGGAUUUUGGGGGUGCUGCUGUGCAGGGCCAGGCUCCUGAUCCCUGUGGGUCCCUCCCAGCUUGGCAGUCAGUGACUCCGUGUCUUUGCCCUUCGUUUGGUACAACCUGGAGCUGGGUUUGGCUGCAUCGGAGCCAGGUGGGCCUGCCGGCUCCUUUGUACGUCCUUGUUUCUGGGUGAAUAAAGGCGCCUUUGUGCCGAGCCUCGUUGUUCGGGGUGUUUGGCCGGGCCCUGCCGUGACGCAGGUGCGGGCGGUGCUGGCAGCGCUCCCGGCCGGGCCUUCCUCCCCUCUGCCCCUGCCCUCCUCCAUCAAUAUUUGCUCUGCUGCCAGCAGCGAGAGCUCUGAGCGCUCCCUCGGCAGCUCCGGCCUCACGCGUCCCCUCAGACGGUGCCGGAGCCCCGCGGAGCAUGAGGGACCGGCUGGCGGAGCUGCAGCGGCGAGCGGCGGCCGAGGGCGACCCGCACGACGACUCGGCGCGCUUCGACAACCCCGCGUUCGUCGGCGACGACGGCAGCGCCGUGGGCCGGGCGCUGCGGGAGGCGGCCGAGCUGUGGCGGGCGCUGGAGCGGCUGGAGCAGCUGUCGGAGAGCAUCGACAGGACGCAGCAGUCGGUGCUGUGCUGCACCUCGGAGGAGAGCAUGGCCCGCCACAAGAGCGGGCUGGGCGCGGCCCGCGCCGCCUUCGCCCGCCAGGCCGCGGCCCUGCAGCCGCAGCUGGGAGCGCUGCCCGCGGCCCCGGCCGGGGGCUCGGGCCGAGCGGGGCCCCGCGUCCGCCAGACCCAGCUGUGGCUGCUGCUGCGCCGCUACGGCGCCGUGCUCGCCCGCCACUACGCCCGGGAGAGCCGCUACCGGCAGCGGCUGCAGGAGCAGAUCCAGAGGCAGGCGGAGCUGGCGGGCAUCACCCUGGGAGCCCAGGACGUGGAGCUGCUGGCCGAGAGCCCGCAGGGGCCUCGCAUCGUCGGCCGCGACCUGGAGGAGCUCAAGGCCAAGCACCACCUGGGGCUGGCGCAGGCUCGGCAGCGGCAGCUGCUGGAGCUGGAGGCGCAGAUGCUGGAGCUGCGCGGGCUGUUCGUGCAGCUGGAGGGGCUGCUGGCCCAGCAGCACGGCGCUGCCGACAGCGUGGAGCUGCACGUCCUGCGCUCCCUGGACUGCGCGGCCCACACGGGCCCCGGCGUCAAGAGAGCCGCCAAGUACCAGCGGCCGUCGCGGCGCUCGGCCCUGCUGACAGCGGCGCUCGGGCUCUGCUCCUGCUGCCCCUGCCUGCCCUGCCCCGGCCGGGGCCUGCGCUGAGCCCGGGCACUGCGGCAGCGUCGGGAUUCACCCAGGGACAAACCCUGCCUGGACUGAGCCCGGGCACUGCGGCAGAGCUCCGGGAUUCACCCAGGGACAAACCCUGCCUGUGCUGAGCCCGGGCACUGCAGCCUCGGGGAUUCACCCAGGGACAAACCCUGCCUGGGCUGAGCCCGGGCACUGCAGCAGAGCUCCGGGAUUCACCCAGGGACAAACCCUGCGUGUGCUGAGCCCGGGCACUGCGGCAGCGUCGGGACUCACCCAGGGACAAACCCUGCCUGUGCUGAGCCCGGGCACUGCAGCAGCGCUCCGGGAUUCACCCAUGGACAAACCCUGCCUGUGCUGAGCCCGGGCACUGCAGCAGCGCUCCGGGAUUCACCCAGGGACAAAUCCUGCCUGUGCUGAGCCCGGGCAUUGCAGCACAGCUCCGGGAUUCACCCAGGGACAAACCCUGCCUGUGCUGAGCCCGGGCACUGCAGCACAGCUCCGGGAUUCACCCAUGGACAAACCCUGCGUGUGCUGAGCCCGGGCACUGCAGCAGCGCUCCGGGAUUCACUCAGGGACAAACCCUGCCUGUGCUGAGCCCGGGCACUGCAGCACAGCUCCGGGAUUCACCCAGGGACAAAUCCUGCCUGUGCUGAGCCCGGGCACUGGAGCAGAGCUCCGGGAUUCACCCAGGGACAAACCCUGCCUGUGCUGAGCCCGGGCACUGCAGCUGAGCUCCGGGAUUCACUCAGGGACAAACCCUGCCUGUGCUGAGCCCGGGCACUGCAGCUGAGCUCCGGGAUUCACUCAGGGACAAACCCUGCCUGUGCUGAGCCCGGGCACUGCAGCAGCGCUCCGGGAUUCACCCAGGGACAAACCCUGCCUGUGCUGAGCCCGGGCACUGGAGCAGAGCUCCGGGACUCACCCAUGGACAAACCCUGCCUGCGCUGAGCCCGGGCACUGCAGCAGCGCUCCGGGAUUCACCCAUGGACAAACCCUGCCUGUGCUGAGCCCGGGCACUGCAGCAGCGCUCCGGGAUUCACCCAUGGACAAACGCUGCCUGCUGGGAGGGACCUGUCCUCAGCUCCUUGGACAGCAGGGCAGUGACGGGGCUGAAGGCUGAUGCUGAAGAUGUGCCGAGCAUCAGUGAUUUAUUAUCUCACAGUACAACUUUUUAUACUUUCUCUCUGUAUCACAACACACCCUCCUUUUUGUGUUAUAGAUGGCUAACAAGCCAUGUGCACGUGCCUUCUGCCCUUUUGGAACUGGCCAUAAAUUUCUGUUUCUUGUAAAUGCCAAUACACAUUUGCAUUCCAUGCUUCUUCUCCUGCAAUGUCUAGUUCAAGGGGUCAGCUAUAACUCAUCAAGGCCAAGGCUGCCUGCAGCCCCAUUCUCCUACAGGGCAGGAGAUGUGGACACUGUGUGUGAUGAUGUGAGGACCAUGCACACCUUCCUUGGUGACAGAGACCAUGCACACCUCACAUGGACAUCACACACGCCAUUCCUGAUGGCACAGGGACCCUGCACGCCUUGGAUAGCAGCACCUUGCACAGUGAUGGAAUAAGCAUUCACACCUCACCUGGAAGCACAAGGACCAGGAACCUCUUGCAUGGUGGCACAAGGACUGCCAGCACCUUUCCUGGUGGCACAGGGACCCUGCACACCUUGAUGGCAUCAUGGGGACCAUGCACUUCCAUUGCAGCACCCAGCUAAGAAAAGCACUUUUAACACUCCCAAAUCUGGCUUCAGAACUGGAACAUUUCUUGGUUUUGUUGCUGUUUCAAGGAGAGAGGCUGAAAAGCCCCUUGAAGUUUUUGGCAGGUCUGUGGUUGUAUGUGAAGGGACUCAAUGGUUCAGUGUCCCCAAGGAGCAGAGUGAAGGCUCCUCCAGCACACCCCAAUCCUGAUUCUCCCCACUUCCUCCAGUUUCUACUCCCUUGGGGUUAUUUGGUGCAUUCAUGUUGCAUUUUGUUCAUUGCUGGUUUAUCAGGCAGUGGGUCAGCUUUGGGCUGGGUGUUCCUCAUGGCUCAUCCCAUGCUCUGACAUCAGGAGGGGAUUUGCACAAUUUCUUUGUGAAUCUGCAGGCUUUUAUUUCAACCUGCACAUUGCCAAACCAGCCAACAUCCCAAGUGUGCUGGAAAUGCUGGAAAAUUUGAGUGACUCUUUUUUUCUGGACCCUAAAUCACCACCUGAAUUUCCCAAAGCCUCUCAAAUUGGAGCCUGGUUAGGUUUUUUGGGACCCUUUGUGGAAGGUCCCUCUGUGUCCUGGCAGUUCUUGGCAGCUCAUUCCAGUGCUCUCAGCCACCCUUACAUUUAUUUUCAUCUUCUGGCUGAGCUUUAA